UUUGGAAACGGGCAUGCAGACAGCCGACUACUGCAAAGUGUUGAGCGCGGGACAGGCUGGCGUAUCCCACACCGCUGUUCCUCUGUCAGAGAGAAGGCUCCAGACCUCUGAUGUGAGGCGCGCACGCUCAUCCCAACCAAUAAUGUGAAAAUCAGACGGAAACGUUUGUCAGAUGUUUAAACUCAUCGUUGCUUCACUGUUCUUCAGCAGCGUUUAUUUCCAGCACUGUCACACACUUUGCAGUUAGGCUACAGUAGGCUCUUCACAAGGAUACCUGGUUUGAGAUGCGGCAAUGUCCCGGGGAAUAUGCACACGCGUGAACUCUUGCGGAGCCUUUUGGAUGCUGUCUGCGGUCACAAUUGCGGUAAAUGUGAUAAUCGUGGACGCGUACAGCUGUCAUGAAGUGAGGACCGCUUUCCAGCUGCGGCAGGUCGGUCCGCUGCACCGCGUACCGGAGACACCUGGCACAGAUGUUGAUCUGCUGGUUUGUAAGCAUGAGGGCCCAUCCUGUUGCACCCGAAAGAUGGAAGAGAGCUACCAGCUUGCUGUAAAACGAGAAACCCUCCAGAACAUUCGCACCUACAGCUUUGAGCUUGAGCACCUCAUCUCCAGGCACUCGGAUGCCUUCCAGGACAUGUUCCAGUAUCUACUAUCCUUCUCUCAGGGCCACCUGAGUUCUCUGUUGGAGGUAACCUACUCAUCCCUGUCCCGCCAUGCUCUACGCCAUGUAAAUCAGCUCUUCUCCUCACUCUCCCUCUACCUCCGUGGAGCCAACGUUUCUGUAGAGGUAGCAGUUCACCGGUUUUUUAACAACCUCUUCCCACUUGUCUACACACAGCUCAUCAAUCCAGGCGUUGAAGGUAGCAUGACAGUAGGCAGUGAAAUGGAUGACUGUCUCCGUAUGAUCAGGCAGGAUGUCAACCCUUUUGGGUCUCAUCCAGCCAUCAUGGCUCAGGAGCUAGCUGGGACAUUGGGAGCUGGGCGACAAUUGGGACUGGCCUUGGAAGUGGGUCUGGACAUGAUGAAUGCCACUGAACAUUUCAGCCUGAGCAAAGAGUGUGUGAAGGGACUGGUGAAGAUGGUGUACUGCUCUCAUUGCAGAGGCUUGACACUGAUCAAGCCCUGCAUGGGCUACUGUUUAAAUGUAAUGCGAGGCUGUUUGGCCAGCAUGUCGGAGUUGGAUCAGCCUUGGAGGAGGUACACCAGCUUACUGGAUCAACUAACCAAUGCCAUGGCUGGGCGCCACAGCCUGGAGCUGUCCCUGCUGAGGGUCAGAGAGUACGUUAAUGAGGCGUUGCUCUAUGCACAGCUUCAUGGCGUACUCAUCACUGCCACGGUGGACAAGGUGUGUGGCCUGUCUACUGGGGAACCCACAGGCAAGCAGUCUGCUAGCCCAGAGGUCACAACCUCUAAUGUGACCUCAUCUUCUCCUCUUCCAUCUGCUGCCUCCUCUCAACCUCUACCAGAACAGCUACUAGGGCAGUUUGCUCAUUUGAGGAGUACCAGCUCACCCCCCCUGAAACCCUUCAGGAACAAUAAACAUAGUCUGAGAACACUCUCUAGGGAGUUCUUGAUUGUUCUACAGCGCUUCAGGUCUUUCUUUACAGCGCUGCCAGAGAUGCUGUGUGAUGGCGAGAAUGUAAUGGACGACUCCAUGUGUUGGAGCGGGGACAAUGUAGUGGAGAGUUAUUCUGGCAGAGUUGUAGGAAAUGGUCUGCAAGCACAGAGGCAGAACCCAGAGGUCAAAGUUCGCAACCCAGACCCCUCACUGGCUGAGGUCAAGGAGAGACUGGAGCAGUUCAAUCAGGAGAUCCAGGAGAGCUUUCCAAAGCUGGGCCAGAUCGAGGCCUGGGAUGAGCUGAGCAGUGGAGAGACAGAGGAGGGCAGCACCACAGACUGUGACGAUGAAGAUGGAUGUCAAGCAUCAGGAGACAGUCAAGAGAAGAUUUCAGGUAGCGAUGGCUCCAGUGUAGGUAAUCCCUUUGGAAGACAACCUGGAGGUAACAGCCCACAGGACGACCCUUCCAAGCCCCCGUCAGUGAAGGUGAUAGGGAGCCCAUCAUCUGCCAACUGGGCACAAUCUUGGAGCCUUGCACUUCUCUUUGCUGCAUGCUGCUUGCAGUGGACUCUGUUCUGAUCCCAGCGCUCUCUGUCAAUCCCUCCUCCCCACUUUAGGAAACACAUACAUGCAGACAGAUACUCACAUUAUAUACAUAUCACACAUAGCACCUUUACUCCUGUCCUCAGUCUACAAGGAUGGAUGGUAAUGAUGGAAAACAAGAUGGGGGAUGGAAGAGAAGCAGACAACAUUUUGGAAAUUGUAGACAGGGCCUCUUGCUGGAACUUAAUUGUCCUGCAGCAUUACCAGUGUGGGCGAUUGCACAGGCUGAGCCCAUGCAUGCUCAUCUACAAAGAUUAGGCCUGCUACUUCCUUUGGGCUGUUCUGGCAUUAGAUCUGUGUGUAUACAGACACAAAUACAGCCCUAUAGCUCCUUGCUUCACUCACACAAAACAGGCUUUGCGGUUUAGAAUGAGACUGCAUCAUUUUUUUUACUUAAACAUACAUUUGUUUUACAUAGCUGUCUUCUUUUUAUGCUGCUGGAUUUUACUUAUCCUUUCAGGCUAAAAACCUCAUCGCAGCCAGUGCACUAAUUGCUAGUCAGACAGAAGAAAUCAGCUUAUUUGAAAACUCAGCUUGGUGUCCUUUUGGGGAUUAAGGAUUGCAUGAUAGAUUGUUAGAUCAGUCCCAGGUGUCUGGCCCAGAACAACAGAUGUGAUGUACUGUGUACCUUGGCAAGGAUUAGAAUGUAAUGAGUUCACAGGUGGAGCACAGACACACUUGCACGGCUGAACACUUUGUGCCAAAAAACUAGGUGUGUAUAGUAUGUAACUGUAUAUAGGUGGAAAGAUUUGAUAGAGUGUAUAAGGUUCUGGUUCUAUAAAAAGGUCCUAAUGGAUUGAGCUGACUGGUGUUUUCUUUUAUCUAGCUAUAAAUGGAGUAGUGUUUGUCUGCCUGAUACUACAUACAGACAGCGACAAAUUAAAGGAAAAACCUGAAUGAAUGAGUGCAGAAACAUAAUGAAUGCAGAUGGUUUGGGUCCAUUUGUCGCCUUAUGCAGUCUUUCCACUGCCACCAGGAACCAUUCCAUUAACUAUUGUUGUUUCAGUUGUCUCAGAAAUGGACAGUGCCUGGACUGAAACUGUGCUGAAAAGCGUGAUGUAUGGCCCUGCUCAGAAGCAAGUCCCAAAGAGAGCUACUCUGGCCCCAGUCUACAUCACUACUUUCUGAUUGGCAGAGAGACAACUUGAGCCAAAGGAAGUGUCUCAGCUGAAGAAGGAGACCCGCCCGCUUUAUUCAAAAAUAUAAAGAAGAAAGAAGGAAAUGGCAGUGCGUUAUGAAGAAAUAAAAGGAAGCCAGUACAAUACUCUGUUGAAUCUAUGUUUGCCGGCCUGAGUACGGGAUGGUUUCUGGUGGAAGUAGAAAGAUGGAUUUAGAGAAAAUCAAUACAGAGGUGUUCUGAACAGUCACCUUUAUCCUGUGGUGAAGCAUUAAUAUCCCAAUGGGAGAGGACUCUUCCAGGAUGACGAUGACCCCAUCCAUAAGGCACAUGGUUUGAGUAUUAAAAUGAUGUGAAUCAUAUGCUAUGGUCUUCACAGUCAUCGGAUCUUGACCCAAUUAAACACCUGGGAGAUUCUGGAGCAACGUGUUAGUGUCUCCACCAACAUCAUCAAAACACCACAUGAGGCAAUAACCUUUGGAAGAAUGGUGUUCAUCCCUCCAGUAGAGUCCAGAGCCUUGGAGUGCCAAUGCCAAGGCUCAUUGAACCUGGCCCAACACCUUACUGAGACACUUUAUAUUGGUUUUUGCUUUAAUUUGUCACCUGUAUGUGGAAAAUA